AUGUUUCUCUUGACUACGUCGGCCCUUGGCGGGCUCUUUGCCCUGCUUUCCAGGGCCCGAGCAGUGCCAGCCAUCAUCGCGAUCCUGACCACGAUCACCGUCUUUGCACCGUUUGCAACGGCAGCUCCGACUACAACGACAGAACCGACUGCGACGGCCACUCCGGCCGCGAAUCAGUAUCCUCUCCCCCAUGUGGGCAACCUGCAGGUCCACGACCCCAGCAUCAUUUUCUACAACAACACCUACUACCUGUUCAAAGGAGCCCCCUUCAUCGACUACUUCAAAGCGCCCAACAUGGACGGCCCGUGGACCAAGGUGGGUACGGUGCUGGAGGCGCCCAGCAUCAUCGACAAGGGCAACCCACGGCGCCCGUGGGCUCCGACCAUCAUCCACCGGAACAACAUGUUUUACUGCUUCUACGCCGUCACCCAGGGCGGCACGCGCAACAGCUCCAUCGGGGUUGCGACCUCCCCGACUGCGGAGCCUGGCACCUGGACGGACCACGGGGCGCUCAUCAACACCGGGGCUGGCCCUGGGUCGGACAUCCAUCCAUACACCGUCUCCAACGCGAUCGACCCCAGCGUCUUCAUCGACCCGGCGGACGGCAAGCCGUGGCUGACGUUCGGCAGCUACUGGACGGAUAUCUGGCAAGUCCCGUUGACCGACGACAUGCUGGCUAUCGAGAACGCCAACGCGCCGGCUGCCAGCCAUCUGUCCUUUCUGACGCUGCCGGGCAAGAACAACGCGAUGCUGAAAUCCUACCCUGUCGACUCGGACCCGCAGGGAGAACGUCCGGAAGAAGGGUCCUGGAUCAGUUACAAGGAGCCGUACUAUUACCUGUGGUUCAGUCGUGGGAAAUGCUGCGGCUUUACGGAGAAGAAUCUUCCACCGCCGGGACAGGAGUACGCGAUCCACGUGGGACGGGCUGAGAAUAUUUCCGGACCCUACGUCGACCGGAACGGGCAGCAACUGCUUCGGGGCGGAGGACACAUUGUGUACGCCUCCAACCACGACGGCCAGGUGUACGCGCCUGGCGGGCUUGGGGUGUUGAGCCGGGACAACGAGCCGGAUAUUCUUUUCUACCACUAUCUGAAUAAAACCAUCGGAGUGAAGGACGAGGAUGCGCUCCUGGGAUUCAACUACCUGAAGUACGAGGACGGAUGGCCGGUUCCGAUGACGAGGGAGGAAGAAACCAGCGGCUCACCGUCACACAACGUCGGCGACAUAGUCCGACGGAAGGGAUUGGCUUUAUUCACUGCAUGGUGGGUGUGGUUCUUAUUCUUCUGA